UGAAGCUGUCUGUUGCCGCAGCUUUGAAUUUGUGAGUGCUACGCCAAAGAACAAACGCAAGGUCGCCGUACCCCAGGAUGAAAAAGGCCUACCUCCUCCAUAGUAUUUUUUCCCUCUCCUACUUUAUCGUCGAACCACUGGAAUCGCCAGCUGCUUUCGUGGCCGAGACAUGCCUGAUUUUUGAGAACGAGCUCGUGAAGCGUCUGUUAAACGAAGGCCGAAACAUACAAGAGUAUGCAGCAUCAUUUGUGGCAUCGCUCAACUUGAUCCUGAAACAGCUUAAACCUCCUGGCAUGAUUGAUUUGACGUCUCUUUUAAUAAACUAUGCGGGGCCCGAUGACUAUUUGAAGUAUACGAAGAACAAUCGUGUCGACGGUAAGACCACCGUUCUGAGGUUGGUGGCCUAUGGCUGGUCAAGCAACGAAAUCCCGCGCGCGGACAUGACCAUUGUUUUGAUAGGCCAAAACAUGGAAACCGUGAAAUCUGAUGGCACGUGGGUUCCAUUGUAUGGAAUCACGAAUACAGGAGGGGUUUGCAGUCCAAUCAAUAUCGUCCUUGCUAUGGACACCGGUGAAAAGUAUACAGGUGCGACAAGCGUAGCUCACGAAAUCGGACACCUGUUAGGUUCUCCUCAUGAUGGUGAGGGAACUUCAAAACAUUGCCAACCCGGUGCCGGAUACCUCAUGAGCGCAGGAGCCGUGGGGGAUAUCCGCCCUCAAUAUUCACAGUGUAGCAUCGAAGCCAUCUCAGCCUUUGUAACGAGUCGGGCUCAGUGCUUGUUUGAAAAAAAUGACCCCAUGCCAACAACACCCGAAAGAGAUUCCAUCAAUACUAGGCCAGUUGCCGCCACAGAGAAUGACGCAAAAUACGAAAAGAAAAGACGGAAGAAGUGUAAAACGCUCCUGAUGAAGGACGAAGAUCUCUUGCAGACUGAGCAAAUGUAUGGGUACCCCUUCACAUGCACAGUUCUCUGCACUGCUCGCUCAAAAUCGUCGAAUCAGAUUAUCCUUUAUUCGGUGGUUGCACCAAAUGAAACACCGUGUGACAAGCGGAAUACAUCCAAGGUCUGCAGGAGAGGGCGAUGCAAAUAGAACGAAAAUAAAAUUGCAUUCAACAUAGAUUCUCUGUAAGACAAUCUCUGUUUUUCGUAGAGAGUGCGGAGUAAUAAAGGUAACUUAAUUUAUA